UUGGGGGAAAGAAUGCGCUGGUUUGCAGAACUGAAAGGCUGACAAGCGGAAGAAAGAAAGGAAAAGAAAAGAAGGGGGAUUUAAAAUCAACGUUUUGGGUAUAAAGUCCGAGCACACCCGAGGCUCUGAUUUCGCCAGCUCUGGAUUGUGAAUGUUAUUUGAACUGAGCGGAGCCAGGGAACAAACAAACACACGUUUUAUAAAACCCACUCGCUCGCGCACAAAAAGGGGUGGGGGUGGGGGCUUAUACAGAGAAACAUUUGGGGAUUUGCGCUACAGCAUGGAGGAGAAUGACCACAGUCCUAGGGAAGAAGCACUGGAGCAGCAGGAGUCCAGCAGCAGCAGCAGCGAUGCGGAGCCCAACAGGAGCCGGGCGAUGAUCCUGCCCGUGGUUCUGCAGGCGCCUGGGAAUCACCAGCACCCGCACCGGAUCACGAACUUUUUCAUAGACAACAUCCUGAGGCCGGAGUUCGGGCGGAGGAAGGAAGGGGGGACCUGCAGCAGCGGAGGCAGCAGCGGCAGUAGCCCGGAGCAGCUGCUCUUAGCCGGCAGGGAGAACCGACGGAGUCCCUCUGCGGCGCCGGGAGCUGGGGGGCAGCUCACCGGCGGAGGGGGAGGCUCCGCGGGCGAAGGAGAAGGGGGCUCCAAAGCCCUUGCCCUCAAUGGGGGAGCCAAGAAAGGAGGCGACUCCGGGGCCCUGGAAGGAGCCUUGAAAUCCCGAGGGCUAAGCGGCGGCGACCUGUCUGUGAGCUCGGACUCUGAUAGCUCCCAAGCCAGCUCCAACACCAGUAACCAGCCCAUGCUCUGGCCAGCCUGGGUUUACUGUACUAGAUACUCGGACAGGCCUUCUUCAGGCCCCCGCUCUCGUAAACCAAAGAAGAAGAAUCCCAACAAAGAAGACAAGCGUCCCAGGACAGCCUUCACCGCGGAGCAGCUGCAGAGACUGAAAGCGGAGUUUCAGACGAACAGAUACUUGACGGAGCAGAGGAGGCAGAGCCUGGCUCAGGAACUCAGCCUCAACGAGUCUCAGAUCAAAAUCUGGUUUCAGAACAAACGAGCCAAAAUCAAGAAAGCCACUGGCAACAAGAACACCCUGGCGGUGCAUCUCAUGGCACAAGGACUGUACAACCACUCCACCACAUCAAAAGACGGCAAGUCAGACAGUGAAUAG